CUCAGGAGGUGUUGCCAGGCUGAGAGAGGUGGUCCCUUGCAGAUCGGGAGUAUCAGGAGCUCUCAGUUCAGAGACGGACUUUGCUUCCACUUCACCACCAGGAGAGGAGGCUUUUUAGUUUUGUCUUGAUGUCCAGGUUUCCCUCUUACUGGAACAAUUUCUCCGUUUAGAUAUCAGGGAAAGCAAUGGCAUCCUCGGCGUGGGGAGUGUUUGGUCCUGUGCUCUGGCUUGCAGCCCAAAAGUCCCGGAAGUUCUGACGUGCAGCAGGUGGCCCCGCAGGGGGUUGGGGCAGCUCUUGGCCAGGUUGGGACGCGCAAGGCCAAGAAUCAAAGUUAGGGGUUAGGAGAUCGGGGUCCCACGACCAGCCCAGUGAGGUUCCAGUGCCCACGGUCUGAUCUUAUCUCGAAUCCUUCUCUUGCCUGAGACUGUAAAUAAACCCUCGGUACAACCUGCAGCCCAGAAUUCAAAGCCCUGCGCAGCUGGGCCUUGGAGGUGUUUACUCACGACCUUUUGUCUCACCACACCCCGGGGUUCUUGGGAGGAGCUGAGGUCUGAGCUGCCGAGCCAGGAUGCUGCUGCCUCUGUCAGUGCAGGCGUCCUGCCGCCUUCCUGGGUCCCGUCACAUCCUCCUUGCCCAACCAUUGGGUGCCCAGCAUGGAAACUGCUCCCCCUCAUCUGGAAGACAACGUGGGGCUCGCCUUCACGGCGCUGCGGUCGGACACUGAAGCAGCGGCCCCUUGCUCAGGCGUUCUGUAGCCAGCCUGUGUUGGAGGGAAGGGCAGCGCCCCAUGCCCUCGCAGGCCCGGGGAGCUGGAAGGACGAGGGGCAGGCGGGAUGCUCAGGCUGUUUGGCAAACGGCUGCCUUGGCUGCCUCGACUCCAAGCAGGGUCUGUCCAGGGCGAUCGGGGGGAAGCUGCCAAGGAGCCAGAAAGGGCCUCAGAGCACUGUCUGCCCGGCCUCAGCGGAGGGCAGCACUUCUUUGAAUACCUCCUCGUGGUUUCCCUCAAAAAACAGCGCUCAGGGGAGAGCUAUGAGCCUACGAUCACCUACCAGUUUCCCAAGCGGGAGAACCUGCUUCGGGGUCAGCAGGAGGAGGAGGAGCGUCUGCUCAGUGCCAUCCCUUUGUUUUGCUUCCCGGAUGGGAACGAGUGGGCACCACUCACUGAGUAUCCCAGGGAGACCUUCUCCUUCGUCCUGACCAACGUGGAUGGGAGCAGGAAGAUCGGAUACUGCAGGCGCCUCCUGCCUGCCGGCCCGGGCCCUCGGCUCCCCAAGGUGUACUGCAUCAUCAGCUGCAUCGGCUGCUUCGGCCUGUUCUCCAAGAUCCUGGACGAGGUGGAGAAGAGGCACCAGAUCUCCGUGGCGGUCAUCUACCCGUUCAUGCAGGGCCUCCGGGAGGCGGCCUUCCCUGCCCCCGGGAAGACCGUCACUCUCAAGAGCUUCAUCCCUGACUCGGGCACUGAGUUCAUCUCCUUGACGCGGCCCCUGGACUCCCACCUGGAACACGUGGACUUUAGUUCUCUGCUGGAGUGCCUCAGCUUCGAACAGAUUCUUCAGAUCUUCGCCUCGGCGGUGCUGGAGAGAAGGAUCAUCUUCCUGGCCGAAGGUCUCAGCACCCUGUCUCAGUGCAUCCACGCCGCCGCCGCGCUGCUCUACCCCUUCAGCUGGGCACACACCUACAUCCCCGUCGUCCCCGAGAGCCUCCUGGCCACCGUCUGCUGCCCCACCCCCUUCAUGGUCGGCGUCCAGAUGCGCUUCCAGCAGGAGGUUAUGGAGAGCCCCAUGGAAGAGGUCCUGCUGGUGAAUCUUUGUGAAGGAACCUUCUUAAAGUCUGUUGGUGACGAAAAAGACAUCCUCCCGCCCAAGCUUCAGGAUGACAUCUUGAGCUCGCUCAGUCAGGGGAUCGAUGAGUCCCACACUUCUGAAAAAAUCAACGAGCACGUUUCAGGCCCCUUCGUGCAGUUCUUUGUCAAGACCGUGGGUCACUACGCUUCCCACAUCAAGCGGGAAUCGAGUGGGCAAGGCCACUUCCAAGAACGGGCCUUCUGCAAGGCUCUGACCUCCAAGGCCAAGCGGCGGUUCGUGAAGAAGUUCGUGAAGACACAGCUCUUCUCCCUCUUCAUCCAGGAGGCUGAGAAGAGCAAGAACCCUCCUGCAGGCUAUUUCCAACGGAAAAUACUUGAAUACGAGGAACAGAAGAAACAGAAGAACCCAAGGGAGAGGACUGUGAAGUAAGGCCUGUGCUGAGCAGCAGGGACUCUAUCUGCAGGCCGGUCCUGGACUCGGGCCUGGGACGACGUGGUAGACCGGCGGAGCGCUGGGCCCCGGGAGACCAGGGAGUCUCCUUCCGCGUCUUGCUUCAAGCUGACGUCUUGAGUUUGGGAUCCUCGGAAUCUGCUUUCUCAAGACCUGGGAAGCCUUGACCUCUGAGCUCACAGAGCAGCGCUCACUUUCUGCAGAGGUGAUACAGAGCAGCGAACAGUAGCCCAGGUGUUGUAGAGACUCUGAAGCUGCUGUAGCCGCCCUGUCCCAGGAGCCGCCAUCAGCAAAUCCUCCAGGGAAAGCAGUUGUGGACACGUGAGGAUAAGAAUAAAAUGAAAAUCCUCUUGUGGUU